CUGAAAGAAGUUUUGACUUUGAAAUUAUUGUUUUCUUUCUGUUUUUGUUGUUGUUGUUGUUUCCAGUUUGGACCUGAAAACAUGAAUAAGGUGGUUUUGGUGACAGGAGCGAAUAGUGGCAUUGGUCUGGCACUUUGUGAGCGUCUCCUCUGCCAGGACACAGAGGGCCUGCAGCUCUGUCUGGCUUGCAGAAACAUGCGUCGAGGUCAGGCUGCACGAUCUGCCCUCCUCACCUCUCACCCCGCGGCUCAGGUGGCAUUGCUGCAGAUGGACACCAGCAGCAUCUCCUCUGUCAUCAGUGCUGCACGGGAGGUCAGACUCAGGUAUAACCAGUUGGAUUACCUUUACCUGAACGCAGGGAUUAUGCCAAACCCACGGUUUGACGUGAAAGCAUUUUUUAAAGGCCUCUUCUCCAGCAAUGUCAUCACCAUGUUUGCCACUGGCGAGGGGAUUCUGACACAGACAGAUGGGGUCACCUCCGACGGCCUGCAAGAAGUCUUUGCCACCAACCUCUUUGGUCACUUCCUACUCAUCAGGGAACUGGAGCCGGUUCUGUGUCACGCAGAUCGGACUUCACACGUGAUCUGGACCUCCUCUAGUAACGCUCACCGCUCAGCUUUUAACCUGGAAGACAUUCAGCACCUGAGGGGCAUCCAGCCCUACAGCUCCUCCAAAUACGCCUCGGACCUGCUCAGCCUGGCUCUCAACACACACUACAACCAACAGGGUUUGUACUCGUCUGUGAUUUGUCCGGGUUUUGUGAUGACCAGCCUGACCUACAGCAUCCUUCCCUCCUUCCCAGCAUUCCUCUGGACCCUGCUAAUGCCUCUCUUCUGGCUUAUAAGACUGUUCACCAAUACAUUCACCCUGACACCUUAUAACGGAGCUGAAGCCCUGUUCUGGCUGUUUGAACAAAAUCCUGAAUCACUGAACCCACACGUCAAGUACCACAGUUUAACGUCUGGGCUAGGCAACAACUACACACAACCACGCAAGAUGGAUAUUGAUUUGGAAACGUCAGAGUCUUUGUAUGAGAAUCUACUGCAACUGGAAAGUGAAGUAAAGAAGAAACUAAAAAAACUAAAAUAAUCCCAGACGUGUUCUUCUUUAUUAUCCUGCAGGGGCUCGACGGACACAACACACAAGCUCUGUGAUGGAGAAUGUUAUUCUUCUGUUUCUUGGAAGCAAAAUGUACACUGUCAGGCUGUCAGACCUUAGACUCGCUGCCCACUUUAUUAGGUACACCUGUUCAAUUGCUUGUUAAAAUGUUUAAUCAGACAUUUACGAUGCCCAGGUGAAGUUCAAAAUGAGCGUCAGAGCGGAAAGGCGAGGUGAUUUAAGUAACUUUGGACGCAACAUUUUGGACUAUGCCACAAACUUUACAGAGAAAAGAGAAACUGUCCGGUGAGCAGCAGUUACAGAGGCCCCAGUAACUCAAAGAACCACUUCUUACAAGUGAAGAGCAUCUCUGAAUGCACUGCACAUUCAACUAUGAAGCAGCAGAAGAACACAACAGGUGCUACUUCUGCCACUUUAUGAGAAGUGUAUAAUAAUUGAUGAGUUGUAAUAAUGUACAGUGACUUCAUCAACAUGUAGCUGGUUUUCUGUUUACAUUUGUAUCAGGCACAAAAUAAACAGUUUGUUGUGAUGAUGAAGAAGAGUUGAAUAUUCACAGGACUAUAUCACGCCUUUUUCAGUCAGUGCUGCGCAGGAGGAACUAAAUCCACUCUGAGUGUAAAGUCCAUGAUCCUCUCGACAGAGAGCGUUGCACUGUGACUGCAGACUGUUAGUGUCAUCGCAGAAGUUGACAUAAGUCGUCUGUGUGAACGGCGCGAUCUCCUCUGUUGUGUACGACGGUGCCACAUGCGCACAAACGCACCUGGGAUUGCGCUCAGCGGGGUUUGAGGCGCAGCUGUAGUCCCCGUGUGCCGCUGCUUGUCUCCCGGUUGCGCUCUCCUCCUCUGCUCCGCUCAGUUUCGGGUUGCAAAAAGCCCAAACCAUGCCGCAAAAAUAGAUGAAAAACGUGCCCAUGACUAAAACCAUGAGCGCGUAGGACUCCAUCAUGGCUUUGUUGACUGGUGAUGUCAUGUUAAGAUGCGCGCAGAUGAAGAUCAGUAACAGAGAGAGACAGAGAUGAGGACGUUGUGCUCAGUGCAGCUGCAUCAUCUGUGUGGGUUGGACCAAAUCAGAACCGAUUCAACCAAUAAUAACCAAGAAUCAAAAAUACAUUCAACUUUUAUUUUUAUGACCAGUGGAACAGAUGUGGGGGAAAACUGCUCAAUGCCAAAUGUAGGUUAAAAAAGAAAUGUGUUAUUAUAAAAGACAGACAUCUGCACAAACAGAACGAAAGCACUUAAACUCCUUAAUAAUCUUUUGAAUAAACAGUGCAAGGGUACCAGAGUUCCCAUAAUACUACAUGUAUUGUGUUCAUAUUCAUAGCAUGAGCAUUGCAAUAUUGAUGUUAGUCAUUUAUAAUGAAUGUACAUGUACAAAUACAUAUACAAACAAUAAACUGACAAAGAAGAAAAAUAAAUGAAUAUAGCAGAUUAUCCAGUACAUUCAUAUACAGUAGAUGUUACAGUCUGUAUCUACAUUCUAAUCCAAAAGGGAUUAGAGAA